CUGCCUAUCAAAACUCAAAUAAAAAGCAAUUCCAAACAAACGUCACCAGACGCUCAAGAGAAUGGGAUCACUAUGGACGCUGGAAAGCGGUCUAUUUUAUCAGCAAAGCACAAAUCGGAAAGUCCUAACGACCGAAUCGGUAAACCUUUACCUGAUGCGACAAAUGUUGAUCAAUCGGGGAGUGCUUCACCAAUAGCUGAGGCAGAAAUUCCCAGCAUAGAUUCUGAUCCGAUUCUCUCAUUACCACCCUUGGAUGAUGCCGCGGUCGGAGGUAUUGAACAGCAUCAGAUUCCAACGUUCAACGAAUUUCAUGCGAUGCUUUCCGAAAAUGAUGAUACAAAAGCCCUGAAAGGAGGAGGUAAUGGUGAUCACGGUCGAAUCCCGUCUGGUGCCGAAGAGAGACCAAACACUUUACCAUCUCCGAAAAAUCCGGCAAAUACAGUCCCUACUCUCGAAAGUGGAACACCAGGUUCCUCUCAUACUGGUAACUCCGCGGAUCAUGAUGCUGGUAACAAACCCAUUUCCGACUUACCGGCCACGAAUGGACGGGAUGGAGCGAUGCGUCACGGACCUGAUGUGUCGGUUGCAACGGAGCCGAAUGUCGAACCGGUCGUUUCGCAGACAGACCGACUAGACGAGGCCAAACUCUUGACAGAUCCUGCCACAGAAAGUUCUCAGUCCAGUGAACAUAUUCAUCCUAGAGAGUCCCAAUCCCAAUCGCAACAUCAACAGCAACAUAACCAAUCGCCUAGCGAUCGGUCUGUCACACUGAGGAGAAACGUGGCUUCCGUUGCUUGCGGAUCCAAGCUGCUGGACUCAAGCCAGGCCAUAAAAAACGCGGAGGCUGUCCUGAAUUCCAAUAACGACGAGUACAUGAAUGUGCCAUGCAGUGCAGAUAAAUGGUUCGUGAUCGAGGUCUGUGAGCCGGUGCAGUUACGCAUGAUCGAACUGGCCAACUACGAACUGUUUUCGUCUCGCGUGAAGUCAUUUAAGGUUUUCGUGAGUGAUCGAUAUCCCGCCAAAUCCUGGGAUCUGGUUGGUCAGUUUGCAGCUCGUGAUAUUAAAGGAAUACAAAAUUUUCAGGUGUCAGGCGACAAAUUGAUCAAAUUUGUCAAAUUCGAACUACUGGAACACUAUGGCUCUGAGCACUACUGUCCCCUAACAAUGAUCCGGCUUUUCGGUCUCGUUUCCGAUGACUUUGACGACGACGACGAUGACGAAGUUGAGGUGCGGGUCGCUGCCGCGGCGGCGGCUUCCAGAACGGGAGCAUCAGGGCUAGAUAUGGUGAUUCCGACAACCGCAACGGAUGCAUCUACGAAACAUGAUGUGGGCGAAAGAGCGCAACAUAUCACCGCUACCGAGGCUGAGGGAGAACCGGAUCCAGUUUUGCUUAACAAUGCACCGCUGGACAGUACACACUGGUGCUAG